CUUACCUGCCCUGCGGCCUGGCGGCGCGGCCCCGGGCGCACAGGCUCGCAUGGGGACCGGCGCCGCUGCUGAGUCACGGCCUUGUCGUGCGAUUACCUAGGUGGGUUUUGGGUUCUCGUACCCGCUUGCUGAAGAUUUUGCGCUCGCCGUUCGGUACCUAGAGUGAACGGAGGCGCGAGUUGCGAGAGAGGAGACGUCUAGAUGGUCCCGGACCUGGGCCCGGACCUGGACCUGCGCCAUAGGUAGGAGUACGGAGCAGGCGUGCAGGUACGAUAGGUAUCGAUUCGAUUUCGUCACGCCGGCAUGUGACACACGGCGUGCGGGCUGUCCCUGCGCGCUGCUGAUGCUGAUCGGGGAUACGCGAUGGAGUGGCUGGACCGGGUGGAGCAGCCGCAGCCGCAGCCGCACGCUCGCAGUGGCAGGCUCGCUCCAGCUCCAGCACAUCACGUCGUUCGUGGCGGAAGCGUGCAUUGAUAUAAAAAGGGCAGCCGCACCAGCACCAGCAGCAGUAGUAGCACGUUUGCGCCAUACCUACCCGCCCACGACCACGACAAGGAAAAACCCGUACCCACGUCCUGUACCUACCUACCUACGCACGCUACGCUCACGACCCACGCCCGAACAACCAAACAUGUACAUCACAACCGUCAUCAUGAGCGUGUUCGCGCUGCUCUCGUCCAGCACCAGCACGAACGGCAACACCAACACGAACGGGACGCUCGCCUCGUCAUCAGACAGCGCCAACACGCAGACAUUCCUCCUCGACAACUUCGUGCUGCACGACCCUAGCGGCGAGCCAGGCAACUACAUCCGCACGCUGAACUUUGACGUCAGCGCCGCGGACAGCGCCGACAAGGACGACGACGACAAGGCAAGCAACGACGACGCGAGCGACGCAAAGAACCACGCGCUCGUGCACUGCGCUGCCAGCUGGGAUUAUCGCAUGGAUGGGUACCCGAGGGGCUACGUACGUGUUUCCUCAGCCUUGUGCGCGGAAUAAGACUUGUGAAGGAAAAGAGGAGAAGGAAAGGAUUUCUGGUGCUGAUGCUAACCUUGGUGAUGUUGUGGAUAGGUCCCCUGCAAUUCGUCCGAGUGGAACUGGUACGUCUCCUCAUGGAAGGAAUCGGCGUUCGAGCUCGAGGUGCUGCGCAUCUGGGAUCCGGAGAACGAGUACGUACAUCUAUGCCCCCGCCUACCUACCCUAUACCCCCCCGCCCUUGGCUGCACAGCCUGUCACACAGCAUAUUCUUGCAGCGCGCCCAGCUGCACGCAUUCCGUUCUUUUUUCGCACGCACGCACGCUA